AAAGAAAGAUUAAAUUGACGUUGGCGUCAUCGAGUCGUACUUACGAUGGCGCCGAGCAAUUCCAAUGAUGGGGAGCAGUACGAAGAUCAGCAUAAAAUUUCCACAUUCGCUGUACUGGAUUUGGAGACUACCAAUUUACCUGCGAACAACAACAAUCGAGUGGGCAUCACGGAGCUGUGUAUUUAUGCAUUUGAAGCAGCUCUCCUGAAGCAAAAUGGUACGAAAGGAUCCGGGGAAAAUAAGGUGCCUGUACCCCCACUACCCCGCGUAGUGCAUAAGUUGAAUGUACUAUUUCAGCCGUCUAUGAUGGUGCAUCCGGACGCAGAAAGAUUUACAGGGCUCAAUAACUACAUACUGGAACGCGAAUCGAAGUUAGACGAGAACUCUGCUCAAAUGAUCCUUAACUUUUUGAAGCAUUUGCCAUCUCCGGUUUGUUUAGUGGCUCACAAUGGCUGGCAUUUUGAUUUUCCUAUUGUAAGGAAAGUGUUUGCUAAAUUAAAUCUGGAAUUUUCCCCUACUUUGUCUUGCGUUGACUCACUUCGUGCCUUUUUGGAGAUUGAUGACAAGCAGUCCCAAGAAGAUGGUCUUAUGAAAUUGCCCCAAAGCUUGUCCGUGAAAGUGGAAGAAGCGGAGGAAGCUGAACCCAUUAAGGAACCUGACUGGCGGAUGUUAAAUGAAACCACCCCAAAACGCCCAAUUCUGACCCCCACAGAAGCUGCGUCAAAGCGUAGACAAAUUUCAGAGAGCGAGGAUGAUGAAUUGGAGGCGUCGUCACCAGUUAAGCGAACACUGAGUUCUCGUCGUCAACUAUUUAGCGGCCUGCAGUGUGCCAAAAAAAAACGUUGGCCACCAAGGGGCAAGUACAAUUUGGGAUCACUGUAUGAAAGAAAAUUCAAUCAGCCACCAACUACUGCCCACCAAGCGGAGGCGGAUGUGGCCAUGGUCACUGCGCUUAUCCAACAUUACGGCAUGGAUUUCAGAGCCUUUGCUGAGGAGCAAGCUAUUCCAUUCAGCCAAAUCAUUCCACUUGGCUCACCCGAUCGACGUAAAUAAUAGCAUCUAUGGGUUUGAAUAUUGUAUAAGGCAUGGCAUGUAUAUUUGUAGAAAAACAAAUUUUUUAAUUUUUUAUACAUA